GGUGGCGGCGGCGGCGGCGCAGGGGUUGGUACGCGCUGGGCGGCGAGAGCCUCAUGGCGGAGGAGGAGAGCGACCAGGAGGCCGAACGCCUCGGGGAAGAGCUCGUGGCCAUUGUGGAGUCCCCGCCAGGCCCCGCCGGGCUCCGAGCUGCGGGCGCCGGCCGGGGCGCCGGCGGCGGCGGCGGCGGGAUCUGCAGUCGGGAUUACUGCCGGCGCUUCUGUCAGGUGGUUGAAGAUUACGCUGGAAGAUGGCAGGUCCCUUUGCCACAGCUUCAGGUUCUUCAGACUGCACUUUGCUGUUUUACAUCAGCCAGUGCAUCGUUCCCAGAUGAAUGUGAGCACGUACAAUAUGUUUUGAGUAGCCUUGCUUUGAGUUUCUUUGAAUUGCUGCUGUUCUUUGGAAGAGAUGAGUUUUAUGAAGAGCCCUUAAAGGAUAUUCUUGGAUCAUUCCAGGAAUGCCAGAAUCACCUCCGCAGAUAUGGAAAUGUGAAUCUGGAACUGGUGACUCGAAUCAUUAGAGAUGGUGGCCCAUGGGAAGAUCCAGUGUUGCAAGCUGUUCUUAAAGCCCAGCCAGCAUCUCAGGAGAUAGUGAACAAAUAUUUAAGUUCUGAAAAUCCACUGUUCUUUGAACUACGUGCCAGAUACCUAAUUGCUUGUGAACGCAUACCUGAAGCAAUGGCUCUUAUUAAAUCUUGCAUAAACCACCCAGAAAUCAGUAAAGACUUGUACUUCCAUCAAGCACUCUUCACAUGUCUGUUUAUGUCACCUGUAGAAGAUCAGCUAUUCCGGGAGCAUUUAUUGAAAACUGAUUGUAAGAGUGGAAUUGAUAUCAUCUGUAACACUGAAAAAGAAGGCAAGACUAUGUUAGCCUUGCAACUCUGUGAAUCCUUUCUUAUUCCACAGCUCCAGAAUGGGGAUAUGUAUUAUAUCUGGGAGUUGAUUUUCAUAUGGAGUAAACUUCAGCUUAAGUCUAAUCCUUCAAAACAAGUUUUUGUAGAUCAAUGCUACCAGCUUUUAAGAACAGCAACUAAUGUGAGAGUCAUAUUUCCUUUCAUGAAAAUCAUUAAAGAUGAGGUUGAAGAAGAAGGCUUACAAAUUUGUGUUGAAAUAUGUGGUUGUGCUCUACAGCUAGACCUUCAUGAUGAUCCCAAAACUAAAUGUCUAAUUUAUAAAACAAUUGCACAUUUUUUGCCAAAUGAUUUGGAGAUCCUCAGGAUUUGUGCACUCUCAAUAUUUUUUCUUGAGCGCUCCUUGGAAGCUUAUCAUACUGUUGAAGAGCUUUACAAACGUCCAGAUGAAGAAUAUAAUGAAGGCACAAGUAGUGUUCAAAAUCGUGUUCGUUUUGAAUUACUUCCAAUUUUGAAAAAGGGAUUGUUUUUUGAUCCUGAAUUCUGGAACUUCGUAAUGAUUAAGAAAAACUGUGUGGCUUUACUGAGCGAUAAAUCAGCAGUUAGAUUUCUACAUGAAAGUACACUGGAAAAUUCUACAGGUAAUCUGAAAAAUGCAGUGGAACAGCAAGGUUUAGACGAAGGGCUUGACUCUCUUACAGAUCAGAGCACUGGAGAGCUUGAUCCUGAUGAGCUAUCCGGAGUGCAACCUAAAGGUCAUAUUAACACGAAGAAAAACUUCACAGCUCUUAGUGCUUCCAAAGUAGAUCACAGUGUCCCAAGACAUCGGUGUAUGUUAUGUAACAAGGAAUUUCUAGGUGGUCACAUUGUAAGGCAUGCCCAGGCUCAUCAGAAAAAGGGCAGUUUUUCAUGUGUAAUAUGUGGUAGGAAAUUUCGAAACCGAGGACUUAUGCAGAAGCAUUUAAAGAAUCAUAUUAAGAAAAUACAGAGACAGCAAAUUGCUGCAGUUCAACAAGAGGAUCAGGAAAUCCCUGCUUUGGAAGAACUACAUUGUUCCAGUUCUUUCAUUUCAUUUGAAAAUGGGAAUUCUGAUAAUAAGGAUUUGGAAGUAGAGACUUUUACUGCUUCCAGUGUUGGAAACAAAGAAGUCAUCCCUGCACAUGUGGCUGAAUUCAUUGAAAUUCCUGUAAGUGUAUCAGAAGAUGUUAUUGAAAACAUUAUUGAAAAUGGCAGUCCUGAUACUUCUUUAAAUAAUGUCUCGGAGCCUUUACCUGUAUGUGAGGAUGACUAUGAGGAAGAGGAUGAAGGUGAUUAUGAAGAGGAUGAUUAUGACCUGAAUCAAGAAUCUUCAGUACUUCAUAAAAUCAAUGGAACUGUAUGCCACCCAAAAGACGUAUAUGCUACAGAUCAAGAAGGAAACUUUAAGUGCCCUGCUCUUGGCUGUGUCAGGAUAUUUAAAAGAAUUGGAUUUCUAAAUAAACAUGCAAGGACUGUUCAUCCAACUGAUUUAAAUGUGCGGCAAACAGUAAUGAAGUGGAGCAAAGGAAAAUGCAAAUUUUGUCAAAGGCAGUUUGAAGAUUCUCAGCAUUUUAUAGAUCACCUUAAUAGACACAGCUAUCCAAAUGUGUACUUUUGUUUGCAUUUUAAUUGCAAUGAGUCGUUUAAGCUGCCAUUCCAGCUCGCUCAACACACAAAAAGUCACAGAAUAUUUCAAGCUCAGUGUAGUUUUCCAGAAUGCCAUGAGCUUUUCGAAGAUCUUCCUCUGCUGUAUGAACAUGAAGCUCAGCACUAUUUAAGUAAAACACCAGAAUCAUCUGCACAGCCAAGUGAAGCAGUUCUUUGGGAUGUUCUUACAGACACAAAUCCUAAUUGUCAGGAAAAAGACUCACCUAGUAAUGAGAAACAAACUGUUAGUCUGCCAAUUUCUACUAGCAAAUCAAGGAACGAUUCUGCAGAACCAAAGACAUGUAUAGAAAGUAUGGAAAAGGAAACAGACAGUUUAGUUCAGAAUGGAAAUGAACAUUCUGAUGACACUGUUUCUGAUGUAAGCUUGAUAGACCAAAAGAUGCCUGACAUAGAGCCAAAUGCUGAAAAUAACUGUAGUGUUAGUGAUUUAGUCAAUGGACACCGUGGAAUAGAGCAGACACCUUUAGUUUCAUCAGAUCCUGCUUUGAAAAUUGAUACAAAUAGAAUUGGGACAGAAAACGGUUCCAUUUUACCCAAUGUUGUACCACAAGAACACAAUACCCUGCCAGUAUCUCAGGCACCUUCCAAACCAAAUCUGACGACUGAACAUACUUCAUAUGGCUUAAUUUUAACAAAGCCAUAUGUCAGACCAUUGCCUCCCAGUUACCUGGAUGAACGGUACCUUAGUAUGCCAAAACGUAGAAAAUUUCUGACUGAUAGAGUAGAUGCCUGUUCUGAUCAAGAUAACGUUUGUAAAAAAUCAGUGAAAAGAUUGAGAUGUGGCAAAUGCCUCACCACCUACUGUAAUGCAGAAGCACUUGAGGCCCACCUUGCACAAAAGAAAUGUCAGACACUCUUUGGAUUUGAUUCAGAUGAUGAAAGUGCCUGAUAAAAAUGUUUCAGAAAGAUCUGUCGAUCAAGCAGUAGUGUGAAAAAAGCACUACAAGAAAAUGCAUCAUCAGUUUGCUAUUUCCCUGAUGGCCUUAAUUUUAGAGCGGUCUCGGAUUACUAAAGAUAAAGACAAAGCACAUUUUCUAGAAUGAACUCACAGAGGAGAUGUGCUGGUUUAGACUCCAAAAGGGUUAUUACAAAACUCCCAAAGUACCAGUUAUCCCGAAAACCACAUUUUAUAAAAGUUGAUGAUGAUUAAUAGCAGCAUGUUCAGUUUCGCUUAUGUGAGAAAUAUAUUCAGUCAACUAGUCAGAAAGAAAAACCAGCUAUGGCCUUACAGAAAGGGAAAAGUUAACCCACUAUAAAAAAGAGGGAGGGUUGGUUUACAAUAAACAACUUAAAGUAUUCUACAAAUGAGAUUCGUUUUCUUGUCAUGCAUAAUCAGAUUAUGUCCUCCCUUCUGGUCAAACAUGGUUUAAGGAACCUUGCUAUUUGGUUUAUUAUAAUGAUUUAUCACCAUGCUAUCCAUGAAAGAUUCUAAGUUGUUUCUACAUUACUGAUUAGACAGGUCAAAGUUCAGUGAAUGGCAUGCCAGCACUGAAAAUUAAAAAACAAAAGUAAACAAGACAACAAUGCUUUGGUAAUAGGCUCUUGAUAGAAAUCUUCCACUUGCCAUUUCUGUAAUACCAAUGAGUUAUAUUUAAAAGGCAGCAGUGUCAAUUAAAUGGAAAAAGUACCAUCAGUAACUUUGGGGAGAGAUGGGAGGAAUCUAAGACCAUUAAAGGCUAUCUAGUUGGAGGAAAACACUGAAUUGCAAAUUCCUCAAUGUGAAUAAUGGUAUAAGCACACUGGGAUAUUUCUAUUUGUAAAUAGAGUAGUGUUAGGACAUUGCUUGAUGAUUCAUAGUAAGGUCCUUUAGACAUUAAUGUGAGUUAUCUAAGUAAAGUCCUAUAAAAAUAACUGGCUGUAAAAAAAAUUUAUCAGCUAAGAAUCAGGUCAAGAAUUCAUUGGUUUUAUUCAGUUAGAAGAGUUAAUUCUAAAAUAAGCCAUAUGACUCAUGCUUUCUUAUUUAUUAGUGAUGAAUUUGGUCUGAAUAGUAAUUUUUAUAUAUAAAAGGAAAUAUUUACACAAAAAUUUGCACAGCAACAACAUAAAAUAUACUGAUGCAUUUAUUUUCCUUGAUGACCAGUAAUUUUCCUAAGGAAGAUUUUAACUUAAUAGUCAAUAAUUGUUGAAACAAGAAGUGUUUUUUAAAAUACCCUCUCAGAUGUGUUCCACUUGUACAUUCUCUAAAAGAGGAAGCUUAAAGAUCUUUUACCUAAUAGUACUGUGUUAAUCUAUAGCAGGUAUAAAAUGAACAAAAAUGCAAAGGCAAAUUCUUCAGAAAUGGAGCUACUGAUGUACCAGUGUCAACUAAAUAUUCCAGUUAUUCCAACUGAUACAUUUUUGUUCAAAGCAGAUCAUCUCAUCAGACCCUACUGUUACAAAUUUUUGGAUAUUAAAGCUUCUUGAGGGAAGUUACUAAGGAAGUGGAACAUUUCUUCCAGGGUAGCAUCCAGACUUUAUUAAAUUAGGAUUUCCAGGUCAUGAUAGAUCAGAUAAAAAAAAAUUUUCCAGUUUUACUAGUUUAUUUAUAAUAGGCAUUCACUACUAUGCAAUUGAUAGUCAUAAGUCCAUUCCAGUCAAAUUUAGGUUUGUUUUUGUUUUGUUAUAUAGCCUACAUUAGGCUGUGGAAUUUAUAUUUAAAUGACAGAUAAGUAAACACAAUCAGAUUUGUAAAUACUUUAAGGUCAA